UUGUAUUAAACCAUUUAUUUAGAUAUAUUAUUGUUUGAUUUACUAAAAAAAUGAAUCCUGGUCCAGUUUUAGUUGUGAUAAUCUCCAUGGCAUUAAUUGUGCAAACUAAAAAGUUUUUAGUGGAAACUGAAGAUGAAGAGUCAGAUACAGCCUAUGAUCAUGGAGUCGGACUCGGUCCUUGCCUGUUUUCUUCUGAAUGUCAGGAAACAGCAGCUAAAUUAGGAUCAACAGUUAGUGGCGGUGGUAUUCACGUAUGUAUUAAUGGAAACUGCGAAAUAUCAGGGGGUGGUAAAUAUAUGACUGGACCUAAAUGUCAAGCUUUUGAAGACUGCUCCUGCAGAGAAACACCUGAAGCGUGCUAUUGUGUUUAUGGACAUUGUACAACGGAAAGAUAUGAAUGUCACGCAGAUGCUGAAUGUAAGAAAAUGAAAAAGUGCACUGGAACCACUUGUAAAUGUCAAUGUAAGUCAAUAUCCUUUUAUCUUAAUGAUUUCUAAAAAUGGUUUUUCUAA